AUGCAAAAGCAUCCAUUUUGUCAAAUAGCUUUCGAAAAUACAAGUGCCCAAGCCCAACCCAUGAAAUCUAUUAAAAGUGAAUCUGCUGAGGAAUACCUUCAAAAUUGGGGAAAAACAUAUAAUAUAAGUCAUUGUGCUAUGACAGAUCUAUUAAAAUGGAUAAAGACUAAUCCGGAUUGUUCUAGAUUGCCACAAGAUGCCAGAACCCUUUUUAAAACUCCUAGGGUAGUUAAGAAUAUUAAAAACAUUGGUACAAACUUGGGAAAAUUUUAUCAUUUUGGUGUGAUUGAAGGACUUAAAACUAUGGUUUUCAAUGACAAAUUUGAGUGUGACACCAUUCAACUGUUUUUUAAUGUGGAUGGUGUGCCCCUCCAUAAAAGUUCAAAGAAACAAUUUUGGCCAAUUCUUUGUAAAGUAGCUACUAUAGAAGUUCCAUUCGUUGUGACUUUGUAUAUGGGUAAUAGCAAACCGCCUUUGCAAGAAUAUUUUGAAAAUCUAGUAGAUGAGAUGAAAUAUUUAUUAGAAAAUGGAUUUGACAUUUGGGAAAAAUCGAUUCCAGGAGAAUACUUGGAUAAACGGAUGACUUUCACUGAUAUUCAUUCAAAUUUAAGAACCGAUUUGUCGUUUUCUACUAAAUCCAUGGAAACAUAUCACAAAGGCGAAUCUCCAUUAGAAAGACUAGGUCUGAAAAUGGUAACAAAUUUUCCAGGUGACUACAUGUACAGUGUAUGUUUAGGAGUGAUGAGGAAAAUGUUGUUUUUAUGGAGAGAUAGUGGUAAAUCUUUUGGGAUUAAAGAUAUUAACAAAAUUAAUAUUGAAAUCGAAAGAUUAAAGUAUUACUGGCCAGUAGAAUUUAACAGAAAACCUCAGUUUCUUAACCAACUAGAACACUGGAAGGCCACUGAGUUACGCAACUUUUUGGUCUAUGUUGGUCCUGUAGUCCUAAACGGAAAUGUGCCAACCUUUAUUUAUGGAAACUUUAUGUUAUUGAGCUUUGGAAUAAGCAUUUUACUGAAUGAAACAUUAAAUAAACAUUAUAAUGAAUAUGCAGAACAAUUACUCCGAUUGUUUGUGAAACAUUCAAUUAAAAUAUAUGGAAAAACAUUUUGUGUCUACAAUGUCCAUUCGCUUAUCCAUCUACCAAUGCAAGCAAAAGCAUUUGGUUCUCUUAAUACAAUUAAUUGCUUCACUUUCGAAAAUUUUUUGGGUUCAUUAACAAGGAUGCUCAGAAAACCACAUUUGCCUAUAGAACAAGUGAUUAAAAGAUCCAAAGAGCUAGGGCAAUCAUCAAGAAUAAAUACUCACAAUGACCAAAGAGUAAUAUCUAAAAACAUAACUGAAAUAGAAAAACAACAAUUAACUAUUAUAAAGAACAAUAAUUUGGGUGCCUGUGAAUUUUAUGAAAAAUUCCAUUACAAGAAUGGAUUUGUUUCAAUCAAACCAAGAGAUAAUUGCAUAUUUUUGAAAAAUGGUGUCGUCUUAAAGGCUUUACUUUUUGUUAAAUCUGAUAACAUAGUAUACUGUAUUGGCAAUAAAAUAAAAAUUGUCCAACCAUUAGUAGAUUAUCCUACCAACUACUAUGUUGUAGUUGAAUUCAAAGAUGAAGAGUGCAACGGCCAACUGCCAAUGGCAAUUGUACCCGAAAGCUGGGUAUUUAAAGAACAGUCGUUCUUUUUUUGCUACUGGCCAAAAUAUCAAAAUCAAAACAAACUUAAUAAACUGAUUAUUGAUCAAGGCGAAAUAGAUUUUGAAUUGAGUGAAAAAUGCCCAAUUAAUAUUAAGUAUAAAUCAAGGCUAUAUUCCCAGGCUAUGGAAAAGAUGAAGAAACUUGAAGAUUGCUCGAGUGUGUCCCAAACUGAUGAUGAAACUGAUGCUGAAAUAAAGCUGCCAAAUAAUAAAAAAAGAUACAUUCAAAAAAAUAGGCGUUACGAAGUGUUUAAUGUAGAAAGUGCUGAAAGUGAUGAAUCUGACGAGUUGCCAGCUUCUCCACAACCGUUGAAAUUUCCACAACAAAAGAAUAAACCCAAAGAGACACCUUCUAAGCAAUUAAAGAUACUCAGGCCUAUCAAAAAUCCAAACCCCAUCAGUUCUAAUGACUCUGAACAAGAACUGCAAAUUUUGGAUAAUUUAAGUUUUGAUUUAACUGAUACUAGCCAUAUUGUAUCCUUAUCGGACGUGGACGUGGACGUAACAUUGACAAACAAGCUGGCCAGUGAUAAGCUGGCAGAUGACAAAAAUAAAACGUUCCUAUGUGAUGGGUGCGCAAAAACUGAAGAGCUACUACCACAACUGAUGGAGCGUAUUGAAGAAAUUGCCGAGGAUAUUAAAUAUCUUUUACUCUGUCAGCAACAAAAUGCUCAAGAAGGAAAAGAGUUUGCCAAGUCUAACUUUCAUCCAUGUGGAACAAAAGAAGAAUUGCAAACAUUAAAUGAAUCACUGGGUGACCCCAAUACUUUUCAAUCAACUUGCCUAUUUCUACAAACAGUAGGCGGAAAAGAUGUAGUCGAUACCACCAGAAGGAUGUUGUCCAGAAUUAUAAAAAAUGAUUUAGCAAUGAAGUACAAUUGGACUGGGAGAAAUUCCAAAGAAAAUUUCAGUAUUUUUGAAAACAUAAUGAAGUUAAUACUUGUUGCCGUGAGAAAAAACCCUUUGUCCAGGAACGCCACAGAGCUAGAAGUGCACCAAGUGACAAAAAAAUAUUUACGAAAUGCCUGUGAUCGUGAUGGUGGUCGAGCAAAAAGGCAAACAAGGGAAAAUUAGUAGAAUCAGGGAUCAGGUAGGAUAGAUAUCCACUAUGUAUAAGCAGCUACCAAAGAAUUAUUUGAGGAAUUAUAUUUGAACAGAAAUGUGUUUUUUUUUUUUCAUUAAAGUGAAAUUAAACAUUUA